UUUUUAUUCAGAUUUCUUUCUAGUCUUGUAUCGGCGGGAUAAUAAAUAAUUGUAAUUGGAAUCUGAUAUCUCGUUCUGCAUUUUAUCUUCAUUUCAUUUUGCAAUAGAAUUACAAACAACAGUUUUACAGUACUGCAAAAGAAAAGGCAAGGCAUUCAUCUCAUCAUGAAUCCAGUAUUGAGGGUGAAGUCUGAGCCAAGAGACAUGGAUGAAGACGACAUCAAAGAAGAGAUUGACAUUGACUACACCAUGUCCUGGCUUGGCAAGCAGGAAGUUUUGGUUGACGAACAGAGAUAACCUUGCCCACUGCUUAUGUACUGCAUAGUAAUGCAAGAAGACAAUACCAGAACCAGAGCUCAGAUCACGAAUUUGUGAGUGUCUCAAUCAGCUGGUAGUUGUGGUGAUUCCUCUGAAGAAGAAGGAGGAGGAAACGAAAACUGUGAAUCACAAGAUGGAAACAAUGAAAUACUGGUAGUAAAAACAAAACCUAAUCGAAAUCGAGAUGUCAUAGAUCAGGGAGAUAGAAAUGCAACACUCAAAACGACAGUUACAGAGCCUCAUCAGUGUUCAGUCUGUACAAAACACUUCUCUCGUAGUAGUUACUUGAAUGUCCACAUGAGAACUCACACCAAAGAGAAACCUUACCAGUGUACAGUCUGUACAAAACACUUCUCUCGUAGUAGUUACUUGAAUGUCCACAUGCGAACUCACACCAAAGAGAAACCUUACCAGUGUACAGUCUGUACAAAACAAUUCUCUCAGAGUAGUGACUUGAAUGUCCACAUGCGAACUCACACCAAAGAGAAACCUUACCAGUGUACAGUCUGUACAAAAAGUUUCUCUAAAUCUAGUAAUUUGAAUAUUCACAUGAGAACUCACACCAAAGAGAAACCUUACCAGUGUACAGUCUGUACAAAAAGAUUCUCUCAAUCUUGUACUUUGAAUUUUCACAUGAAAACUCACACCAAAGAGAAACCUUACCAGUGUACAGUCUGUACAAAACAAUUCUCUCAGAGUAGUGAUGUGAAUGUCCACAUGCGUACUCACACCAAAGAGAAACCUUACCAGUGUACAGUCUGUACAAAACACUUCUCUCAUAGUAGUUACUUGAAUGUCCACAUGCGAACUCACACCAAAGAGAAACCUUACCAGUGUACAGUCUGUACAAAACGUUUCUCUCAAUCUAGUAAUUUGAAUUUUCACAUAAAAACUCACACGAAAGAGAAACCUUACCAGUGUACAGUCUGUACAAAAAGAUUCUCUCGGUCUAAUACUUUGAAUGUUCACAUGUGUACUCACACCAAAGAGAAACCUUACCAGUGUACAGUCUGUACAAAACACUUCUCUCGUAGUUGUGACUUGAAUGUCCACAUGCGAACUCACACCAAAGAGAAACCUUACCCGUGUACAGUCUGUACAAAACGUUUCUCUCAAUCUAGUACUUUAAAUAUUCACAUGAGAACUCACACCAAAGAGAAACCUUACCAGUGUACAGUCUGUACAAAACGUUUCUCUCAAUCUAGUACUUUGAAUAUUCACAUGAGAACUCACACCAAAGAGAAACCUUACCAGUGUACAGUCUGUACAAAAAAAUUCUCUCAGAGUAGUGAUGUGAAUGUCCACAUGCGUACUCACACCAAAGAGAAACCUUACCAGUGUACAGUCUGUACAAAACACUUCUCUCGUAGUUGUGACUUGAAUGUCCACAUGCGAACUCACACCAAAGAGAAACCUUACCCGUGUACAGUCUGUACAAAACGUUUCUCUCAAUCUAGUACUUUAAAUAUUCACAUAAAAACUCACACCAAAGAGAAACCUUACCAGUGUACAGUCUUUUGUUGAUACACAAGACAAUUUGAAAUCUUGCAGAUAUGAAGCACUCUCAUCAGCCUGAUUCCUUAUCUGCCUAAUAAGACUGUUUUGAGGUCGAAAUGUUGAGAAUUGUUGAUACAAGAGAGUAUUUGAAAUGAGAUGUCAAAAAAUCUUACUUCAAUCCUUUUGUCAACUAUUACAAUGGUUCGUUCACCCCCUUGUACCAUGAAAAACAUUUUCUCCCAUGAGCAGCUUCAUGUAGGUGGAGAGUAGUGAUUUGAAGGUGGUAGGUGAGGGGGAAUGCGCUGGAUGGUCCCAUUCAGAGCAAUUGCUUUGUGGUGAUGGCCAUGUUGGUUUGGCAGGGUGAAAACCUGACUCCAUGUAAGCAUAGCUAUGACUU